AUGAAGGAAAAGGGGGAAAAUUUCUACAGAACAAAAGAAAAACUGGCCCACUGGAAAAUGCUUCGGGGAGGAAAGCCUGUGCGAGACUCGGCAGGAAACAUCAUAAAGCACGCGCAGUUUCAAAAUCCUGUGGCAGAGCCCGGGAGAGUGCAGCACACGCGCGCGUGGUUUGCAUCCACCCGAACCACCGACCAGCGAGAGCUCGAGGCCUUCAGAAAAGAUCUUCAGGAGAGUGCGACCGACGCGUAUAAGGUGAUCCUCGACCAAGGAAAAGUCCCGAUGAGUCUCAUCCAGGAGAGCGCGGAGAAGAAAGUCCGCCCGAUCAUUUCGUACGAGAGCACGUUUGGGAGAAAGUCAACCCGAAAGCGAGUGAAGCUCUCUGUCUCCACCGUGGCGGAGCUUGCCAAGACGGCGAGUGUCCGCGCAGGGGAGCACACGGAAGAGUCCAGCGAGAAGGACAUGUGCGUGGCAAAGGAGAGGAUAUACAUGAAGGGGCAGAGCAGGAGAAUAUGGGCCGAGCUGUACAAGGUGCUGGACUCCAGCGACGUGAUUGUGCACAUUUUGGACGCCAGAGACCCGCUGGGAACAGAGUGCUUAAACGUCCGGAAGUACAUAAACGAGCACAAGCACAAGCACCUGAUAUACCUGCUGAACAAGGUGGACCUGCUUCCCACGGGAGUGACUGCAAAGUGGCUGGCGCACCUCUCCAAGAAAACCCCCACGCUCGCAUACCACGCCGCGUCAAUAGACAGGAACUACGGAAAGCAGAGUCUGACAAACCUGCUGCGGCAGUUUGCAAAGCUGCACCCGGAGAAGAAGCAAAUAAGCGUGGGCUUCGUGGGGUACCCAAAUGUAGGAAAGAGCAGCAUCAUAAACACGCUGAAGUCUAAGAUUGUGUGCACAGUCGCGCCAAUCCCCGGGCAGACCAAGGUGUGGCAGUACAUCUCCCUUAUGAAGAGAAUAUACUUGAUCGACUGCCCGGGAGUGGUGCCGCCCGUGGACGCAGACGAAACAGAAGUCGUGCUCAAAGGCGUGGUGCGCGUGGAAAAUGUCACGGCGCCAGAAGACCACGUAGAGGGCGUCCUCAAGAAGGCAGACCCGAAGCACAUUGAGAAUGUAUACGGAAUAAAGCCAACAGGGAACCACGUGGCGUUUUUGGAGGCACUCGCAAAGAAAACGGGGAAGCUGCUCAAGGGGGGAGUCCCAGACAUAACAGCAGUCUCGAAAAUAGUCCUGCACGACUGGUUGCGUGGGCGGAUACCGUACUACACGCUUCCACCAGAAGGCGAGGGCGAGAAGGCGUCGGACAAGGGCGAAAGGAGGAAGACAUAG